AUGGCGUACCGCGUCCUGAUCGCGCAGUUCAUGCAUGAGACGAACACCUUCAGCAAACUGAAGACCACGCUGGAGGACUACCGCAAGCGCUGGCUGAUCGAGGGCGAGGCAAUGGUGCCGCGUUUCACCGGGACGAAGAACGAGGUCGGCGGCUACAUCGAUUCGGUGAAGAAGUACGGCUGGGAACCGGUCUGGGCCGCCGCCGCAAACGCGACGCCCUCGGGCAAGCUCACCCGGGAGACCUGGGAGCAUAUUCGCGACCUGAUCCUCGGGGCGGCGAAGAAGGCGGGCAAGCUCGACGCGAUCUGCCUCUCGCUGCACGGCGCGGCCGUGACGGAGACGGAGGACGAUGCCGAAGGUGCGCUGCUCGGCGCCCUGCGCGCCAUCGUCGGGCCGGACAUUCCCAUCGUCGCCACGCUCGACCUCCAUGCCAACGCCACGGCGACGAUGGCGCGCCACGCCAAUGCGCUGGUGAGCUACCGGACCUAUCCGCAUAUCGACGGCUACGAGCGCGCGGUGCAGGCGGCGGCGCUGGUCCAGGAGGCGCUGGACGGCAAGAAGAAGCCCAGGUGCCUGCUGGUGCAGCCCGCCAUGCUGCAGGGCGCGGAUUCCGGCAAGACAACCCAGCCCGGCCUGAUGCGCGACCUGCUGGCCAAAGCCAACGCCUUCGAGAAGGAGCCGGGCAUCAACGUCGUCAGCGUCCAGGCGGGCUUCACCUGGGCCGACAUUCCCUAUACCGGCCCGUCGAUCGCGGGGCCGUUCGUCGGCAUGGAGCCGGGGCCGCACGGGGCCGGAGCCAGGCUGCUCGACGAGAUCAUGGCGCACUUCACGGAGCGUCGCUUCUGCUACGCCCAUGAAUGGACCGAGGGCGAUCUCCUGAUCUGGGACAAUCGCUGCCUCGUCCAUGCCGCCACCUGGUUCGACGGCGACCGCGAGGGCCGCCUGAUGUGGCGCACGACGGUUCACGGCAAUCCCGGCGCCUACUAUGCCGGGGAGAAGAAGAGCUGGAUUCCCGCCGCGGCGGAAUGA